UUUUCCUCUUUCCUGAGUGGUUCAUUCGUUUAUACCCUCAGGUAGACAUUUCAAAAGAGGCUUUCUUGUUUUUGUGUUAAUCAUGAAGGGUGCCUUAGUUGUUGGCGCCAUCGCCAUUGGCGCGGCCAAUGCCACGAAAUUCCCCGAGUGCGAGCAGAACAACUGCUACCGCAACCUGAUCGAUGAGCGCUUCAGCGCUGAGGCUACUCCUGCUUGCUUUAGCUGGCUCGCCGGUACCACUACAGCCAACGCGGCUAUUCCCACCGACUACUCCAACUGCCCCGACUACAAUGCUUUCAGCUCUGCCUGCUCAUGCAUCACUUACACUGCUACCCACACCGGCGGUGCUGCCGCUCCUACUUCUCUGCCCGCCGUCCCUACCACUGCCGCCGGUCUUCCUGGCGACGAGGACUGCGACGAGCCCACCAAGACCCCCGGUAGGCCCGGCCACCCGGUGACGACUCCCGCUGGACGCCCUACUCCUCCCUCUGGAGGCAACGGUGGCUACCCUCCCCCAGGCCAGUCUUCUGAGGACUGCGACGAGACCAAGACCCAGAACUUCCCUGGCCACCCAGUGACAACUCCCGCUGGACGCCCUACUCCUCCUGCUGGAGGCAACGGCGGCCACCCUCGCCCCAGCAAGUCCGAGGAUUGCGAUGAGAGCUCUACCCAGAACCACCCUGGCCAGCCUACUGGUCCUGGUGGCGUUCCUCCUUACAGCGUCCCCGUUGGCACCGAGACUGGUCCUGCCGUCUCUGUUCCUACCGGCCCUGGCGGUGUUCCUCCUUACAGCGUUCCCGUUGGUACUGAGACCGGCCCUGCCGUCUCUGUCCCUACCGGUCCUGCCCAGACCACCGGUAGCGAGCUCCCCGUUACCACCGGCCCCGCCGUCUCUGUUCCUACCGGCCCCGCCACUGGCCCGGCUUCCGUUCCUCACAGCGUCCCUGUAGGCACUGAGAGCAUCCCCGUUGGCACCGAGACUGGUCCUGCCUCUGUUCCUACUGGCCCUGCUUCCGUCCCUGUUGGCACUGAGAGCAUUCCCGUUGGCACCGAGACUGGACCUGCUGUUACUGAGACUGCUCCUGUUACCACUGGUAGUGCUUCUCCCGUUACCACUGGUGUUCCUCAGUUCAGCACAUCCACUGUUUUCACCACCUCUGUCCGCACUAUUACUCAGUGCCCUCCUGAGGUUACCAACUGCCCUACGCGCCCCAAGACUGUGACCGACACCCGGCCCUGCUGGUUCUUCUCCUUCCGGCCCUGCUGGUGGUGCUCCUCCCGCUCAGACCUCCGGCGGCUCUUCUCCCAUUACCACUGGCGCUCCUCAGUACAGCACCUCCACUGUCUUCACUACCUCUGUCCGCACUAUCACUCAGUGCCCUCCUGAGGUUACCAACUGCCCUACGCGCCCCAAGACUGUGACCGACACCAUUGCUCUGUACACCACCAUCUGCCCUGUUACCGCCUCUGAGGGUGCUCACCCCA